AUGACCAGCUCCAACAUGUCAGCAGAAACUCAGUCACAUGCAAAUACUGACAUUUAUUCCCAAAUUUCCCCACGCUCGGUCACUCGACUCACUCCUCCAUUGCGCUCUCUCUCCCACUCCCAACACCCACGUCUCGACGAGAUCGUCUCGUCUCUCCUCGCUCCAUUCGGCGUCUGCCUCGGCUCUUCCUCUGUCUUCAUCAACCGCGGUCUGGCUCGUUCGCGGUCUCUGCUUUUUCUAGGGUUUUCGAUUCUGGCUAAAGGGCGCAAGAAGGGAGCGAGCAAGGCCAAGAGUAAGUGUCAGUUGAGUUUGGGCGAUCUCGUUCUUGCCAAAGUUAAGGACCACCCUGCUUGGCCUGCCAAGAUUAGCAAGCCAGAGGAUUGGCAACAGACUCCUGACCUAAAGAAGCACUUUGUGCAUCUUUUUGAAAUACAAAAAACAGCUUUUGUUGCUCCUGUGGAUAUCCAAAUAUUCACUAGUGAGACAGAGACUAGGUUGGCAGCCCGAUGUCAAGGUAAAACAGUCAAGUACUUUGCCCAAGCUGUAAAGGAAAUAUGUGCUGCUUUUGACGAGUCACAGAGAGAACAGUCAAACAGUCAACUGCUUUUGAAAGGACAUGUAAAGUCGUAG